AUGAAAGUAUCUCCAAAUAAACCUCACUUUUUAAAACCCAUCUUGCCAGGUUUCAAGCACGGAAUUAAAAUUCCUUUAGGUUUCUUGAAGUAUCUGAAGGAUCACGACCAUAUUGAACAUGCAAUACUGAUAAGGGGUAGUAAGAAGUGGCUGGUGAAGGUGAACGGCCGACAUCUAGAAGAAGGCUGGGAAAAAUUUGCAGAGGACCAUGAUUUGCAAUUGGGAGAUAUGUUGGUGUUCGGACAUGAAGGAAAUAUGGAGUUUGAAGUUUCCAUAUUUCAUUCAAAUCAAUGUGAGAGGGAAUAUGAAGAAGAACAAAAGGUCCAUAAUGUUGAAGAGACUUCCAAGAAAUUUGAAUUCAAAGGAAUUGACACUCACAAGCUUUUUAGUCAAUCUCGUUUUGUAUGCACUGUUAGACCCUAUUGCCUCCAAAACGAUAUCUUGAAUAUCCCUAAGCAAUUUGCAUGGGCAAAUGGUCUCAUCAACAAGAAAUGUGAUUUGAUUAUUAGAGAUGAAAGGCAAAGGUCGUGGAAUUUAGUAGUACGUUCGUAUAGUACUAACGUGUAUAUUAGCGGUGGAUGGAAUGAAAUCCGUGAUAUACAUUGCUUAAAGGAGGGAGAUCGUAUAAUGUUUGAGGUUGUUGCUAAUGAAAAGAAACCAACAUGGAAAUUUCAUGCCAAAUCUGGAGAGGAUGCAAGCAUCAUUCAAGAGGUUGACUGA